UCAGCCUAGGAAACAAACCCUAUUCAUUGUUCCUCAGACUUCUCUUCUGACUGCUUGAGCCAGUAUUUUUCAGGCUACCUCUUGUUUUGGAAGCAAAAUGUGUCUAGUUAAACUGGAUAUUUACAGUCUCCUCAAAGCUAGUUUUCUUUUGGGGUCCAGUUCAGAUAAGAUUUGCAUAUUGCUUGGUAAAGGGGGAAAGCAUUUGGGGAUAUGCUAACAAUAUUUUUUUCAAAAUGAGGAUUUUUGUUGCCUUUGAAGGACUUUGUGAAUCAUUUGAUAUCUCAUCAGAAGACACAGUGAAAGAUGUAAAGGUGAUGAUAAAGGAUUAUUUUCAUGUUCCUCUCUCUGAAGACAAGCAAGGCAGGAGAUAUUUGGAACUGAUGUAUGCAGGAGCAGUAUUAAAGGACAGCUGGAUACUUGCUGAUGUAGGCAUCUCAGUUUCAUCCAUGAUUAAAUGUGUACUUAAGGAAGAAGACAAGCCUAUUCUCUAUGUAUACAAUGCUGUCACUCAUGAAAAAGUGUCCAUAAUGGGAACAAUUUUUCUUCUUGCAUCAGAGGUUUCUCAGCUGAAAACUCUGGUAACCUUGAAGUGUGGCUUUCCAAACAGCAUUUAUUGCCUCAGGACAUCAGAGGGCAGGGAAAUGUAUGACUGCAAUACCUUGAGUGAUUAUCAGUUAGAUAUAGGUGCAACUCUUCAUUUGGAUGUUUGGGAUGGAUGGAAAGAAUUCCUGACUGCAUGCCUCUUAGGAAACACACCCAAGGUGCAACACUAUCUGUCCAAGGAAGAACCUGUACUCAAAUAUCAAAAGAGGGUAGCGCUUUAUAUGGCAGCCUUUUUUGGACAUCUUCAGCUUUCAGCUUGGCUCCUGAAAGAGGGUACAGGGCCCACUGAAGCGGUUGGUGUGCAUCCCUAUCGUGAGUGGUGUUAUGAAAACAAUCAUCCAGAUGACACAAAAUGCCCUGUGCAUGCAGCUGCAGAAGCAGGCCAACUCAUGAUGCUGAAAGCCUUUGUUAAUUACAGUGUCCUAUGCCUCGAAUGCCAAAAUUCUACAGGGCAAACUCCACUGCAGUUAUGCAUCCAACACAGACAUAACGACUGUGUACUGUAUUUAGUCACCAAGAUAUGGUCUGUGGUUUCCUACCCUAAUUUUUCUCUUCCCAUGAAAAUCUAUAUUAAGUUAAAACUGUGGCUUCUUAAAGCUCAAAACAAUAUCCAUAAGAAAAAAUGAUGCAACCAGGCAGCAACUUUCAGAACACGAGUUGGGGAUAUUGUCCUUGUGGAUGGCUACACAAAACCAAAAAUGACUUCCAGGGGUUUUUAUUCAGCCAGAGUCAAGGAUAUAGAUAGUAGAGUCUGUAAAUUGCCACACUUAAACCAUCGGUUUCAACAUGAAGAACAUGCCUGUGGGGGCUCAAGAAUUUCAAAGAGGUACUUCAAAGGAACCAAUGUCAAGUUACCACCAGUGAAAGAUGGGAACAAGAUUGCUGACCUAGACAAGCAGCAGCGAAAAAAGGACACCAAAAGGAAGAAGAGGCAUCUUAGCAAUGAAGACUAUAUGGACCAAACUAUGUGUUUAGCCCAAGUUCCUCUACCCCCUGCACCUGUCCCCAAGCCGUCUUAUUAUUAUUCCAUACCCAAUGCAAAGUUCCUGUUAAAUCCUUCUCUGGAGACUUUUUCAGAACACAGUGGAAGAACUCCAAGGGAGAAUGCAAUCUACUGCUUAGCCAUAGCAAGUUCAUUUAAAGAGAAGCCUUGGCUCCAACAACUGGGCAUUGCAAGAACCCUAGCCAAGAAAAGCAUAUGCAAAGCUGUAUACUGAUGAGAUCCAGUUUUAAGUGAGCAUCUUCCAAGGAUGAUUCAGGGGGACUUGUAUUUGCAUAUCAUACUACACAUGCAUAAUUGCUUAGAUACUUAAGAACGUCUCCCUGUUUGCUACUACUGAAAUGACAUUCAAAGUGGGUCAAGACAGGUUUUAAAAGGCAUAAUAAUAUGAAGCAUUAAUAACAGUCAUCCGUGACUGAAAAUUUUGAGACCCUUUGAAUGAAGCACUAUAAUCUACCAGGCUGUGUAAGUAGCCAAAUGCUUAAUUUGCUUUACAUUUAUUUACACACAGCUCCAUCUGAGAAGAAGGGAAAGAGAAGGGUCUUUUUCACAUGAAAAUGACAACUGAAGUUGACUGUUUAGUAGUUGUUUCAUCCUCAAAGCCCUGUGAGAAAUUGUGGUAUGAGAAACAAGUUUAACCAGAUGUCUUUUGGCUACUGAAGGAUGAUAUCAGUUGACCUUGAUAAAAGACAUUUUGUAUGUAAACAAUUACAACAGAUAUCAUACUGUGAGAAGUAGACUCUAACACAUCCACUGAAGGCCAAGGAGAAAGCUGAAGUACCUUGGAGCUUUAAAUUGUAUGAAUUAUCAUUAUAGCCACUAGGGUUACCAGAAUGAAAGCUGGAGAAGGCUCCUGUACCUUUAAUGGUUGCAUGAGAGGAAAUUUCAGCAAGUGUUUAUUACCUGGUUGCAUGGCAAGCAAAACCUGUUGAAUUUCCCUUUUCCAUACAACUAUUAAAAAUAUAUGAGCCCUCUCCAGUUUUCACUCUGGCAUCCACAACAGUCAUCUGAAUCACAUUAUUAUAACGUUCUCAUUUCUGUCAAGACAUGGUUCUCCAUGUAUGAUAAAAUUUAUUUGGUGUUUAAUGUGAAAAUUUAAUUCUGCUAUUGAUCAGUGUUAAUUUUUUCUCUGUUCAGCAUACCUUUAUCGGAAUAUCUUAUCUAGGUUAUAUUUUUGUGUUCCUUAAUAAAAUCACAGACUUGUAGAGUUGGAAGGGACCCUGUAGGCCACCGAACCCAAUGCAGGAACUUCAGCUAUAGCGUUCCUAUCAAGUUGCUGUCUUGCUUUUUUAAAAGAUGUCCAGCAAAACAUUCCACCACCGCUCUAAGUAAUUGGUUCCACUACUGAACUGCUUUUACCAUGAAGUUCCCUCAAAUAUUCAAUAAAAAUCUACUCUCCUGUAAUUAAAACCGUUAGCCCUGGUCCUACCCUCUAGGGAAGCAAAGAACAAACCUGCACCAUUUUCUCUCUGACAGCCCUUCAGAUAUUUAAAAAGUGCAAUCAUGUCAUCAUGUCACCUCUUAGUCUUUUCUUCACCAAAGUAAACAUGCCCCAUUCCCUCAAUAUCUCUUCAUACUGUAUGCCUGUUUGUCAUACCUCUUAUCAUCCUUGUUUCCUUUCUGUGAACCUGCUCCAACUUUUUUAUAUACCUCUUAAAAUGAGAUGCCCAGAACAGAGUACAGUAAUCCUGACUAGUU